AUGGAGGGGAAGAAAAGAAAGGCAGCCGCGACUGCGGCACCGACCGAGGGUGAAAGACCUUCCAAGAAGGCGCAAACUGGCACUGUAAAAGUCACCCACUUCCGCGCCUCGGAGGUUGCUCAACCGGUCGUUGUGACCUCUCCUGGUGUGGCUCUUCCGUCAGAUCUCACCUUCACCGGCUAUUCCAAGAAAGAGGCCGGCGGUAGGUCAAGCCUCCUCCUUCAAUCCUCCGAACAUCCUACAAUCGAUUAUGUCGCAAUUGAGAGCGGCCCGACCAGCGCCACUGACAAACAUCUCAAGCACUACGUCGCCAUAUUCGACAAGGCGUCAACCAAGCUCAAAGUCAUGGAAGCGAAAAAGAUGACAGUGAGGAGUACGGUGCGUGUCCCAGACAGAGAAAGUGAGGACGAGGAGGAAGAUACAGUCCAAGCCACACCUUCGUCUCGUGCAGCCUUGACUCAGGCCUUUGGCACCAAGAAAUCAAAGAAAGCAGUCGCAUCCAUAGCAGAGAACCGACUGCUGGCGCGCGACGGCGAAACCGACAACCCCGUCUCCGCUGCCAUCCUCAACUCAAUCCACGCAGAGGAGGAAGACGACUCAGAGGCCGGCCUUGCCAGCGAUGCGCUCACAGCACGAGCCAACAAGCCUCUGCCUCCAGUAGACAUGACCACCACCGAAAUCUCCAAAGUGUACGACCUCUCCCAGCUGGUGCACCCUGGGCCCUGGAAAACCACGCUGUCGCAAAUGCAAAUCGCCUUCUGGCGGGACUGCCUACAGAAAAACAAAUCCAUUCCCACGAGCCUGCGCUUCAUAGCGACACGCCUCAGCUAUCUCGGACAAAGACACCUCAAAGACCCGGAAAACAUCGAAAUCCUCCAGAAGCUCCAACUACUACGAUACAUCCAGCACCUGGCGGAGAUCCACAAGUACGUCUCCCACCAAAACAGCCGCAGACCAUUGCCGCCCGUGGAGAAGUGGCCGCACGGCACGACAAGCGACACGGCGCUUUCCACAGCCUUCAAAGCAAGACUCGUGUCGCACUUUUUUCCAAGCAGGACGCCCACUGUGUUUGCCAAGACCCUGCUCACCUCGACGAUCCUGGCCCUGACGCUGCACAUCCCGCCCCCGAAAUGGACGCCGGGCGACACCCCAAGCAUGCUGUUCACGGAGCCCAGCGAAAUCACGCUCGAUCUCGCCCUCCCGGCCGCAGAAAUCAACAAACUCUACCGAGAACUAGGCUGCAAGUUGGAGAGCAUGACCGACGCAGAGUUGAACAAGUACGGCUGGAACAAGAUUGCGCGACCACCGAAAAAGGUGGACGAGGAGACGGGUCAGGUCGUCAAGUUGCCCAAGCCCAAGUUUGCCAAGUUGAGGUUCCCGAUAGACUUUCCCAAGGUCAGCGCGGGCAGGCCGGGACCGAGGUAG